AAUACUCCUGAUCGUAAGCUGUUUUUUACAUCAACCCAUAUAUAUUCAUUUUUAGUCUAGGGUUUUUGUUUUUGAAAAGUAUCUGGAUCAAAAUAAAUUUCUUCUCUUUUUGGUUGUUUGUGUCUUGAUGGUUAUAAUGGUUGAACUCUUAUUUCUUCUUUCUUUUUUGGUAGAACUACAAAGUUAUUGCUUUCAUAUGUAUCUUGAGAACAAAAUAGUGAAAAAUGGGGUGAAUUUUAUUUCAUUACUCUUUAAGAAACCAGUUUCAUGGUUGUGUUUCACCUCCCCACCACUACUUCACAUCUUAGGGCUUAGUUUAUCGCAAAUCCUCCUAACCUCGGCUUCUUUGUUCUUCUGCUCUCUUUUCUUGCCUCUCACAAAGCAACAACCAAACCCUCAAAAAGAGGUUCAAGAUCAAGAUCUUGGUCAACAAGACUCUUUAGGAGACAUCAUCGAAAUAUCUAGGACCGGUGAUGAGAUUUUCACAAAUAAAGACGAAGACGAUGGAACAAUCCCUGAUGAGGAAAGCUUCAUAGAGCUCUCUUUACCAAGCGGCCACUACGUUGGCCAACACUUCAGUACGAUGGCUGGACAUCAAGAUUUCGGACUUAUCCAACUAUUAGCCGAGUUUGAAGACGAUAAUCUGAUCGAAAUCGAUAUUUCCGUCGGAUCCAUUAAGUGUUACACGUUCCAGAUCAAAGCCUGAUUCAUCUUCAUAUAUUUUCUACAACUUGGAUGUAAAGUAAUUGCGGUAUUUUUGCACGUCAGAAGUGCUCUGUGUUUUUGUUGUUCUAGAUCUCUCCAGUCUUGUGGGGUUUUGCUAUUGAUAUAUAUUAGCUACAACAUUAUUCCGAUUUGUAUGUCCUUUUUUUAUCGACAAGUUUUCAGACUAUCACUUAAAUUAUAGUGAUACAACUAAAAUUGACAACAUUA